AUGCAGCCCCUCCGCGCUCCCCUCGCCCUGCUCUGCCAGGUGCUGGGCGCCUGGGCUGCCUGCGCCCUGGCCCCCGCCGCGGCCGCCGGGCUGCCGGCGCCCCCGCAGCGCGCCCGCUGGCUGCCAGCCCCGACGCCCCUCGCCCCGGGCCGGCGGGCGGCCGCGGCUCUCCCCGGGCGCGGAGCCCUCCCUCGCGGGGCCGACGCCGCGCCCGGCGGAGCGGCGGGGCCGGGCGGUAGCUGCGCGCCCCGCGGGGCGGCGGGCGCCGGGCGGCGGCGGGCGCGGAGCAGCGAGCGCGGAGCCGGCGCGGCGGCGGGGAGGGGCGCGGCGGGCGGUCCCCGCUGGCUGCCCCUGAACGGCUCGGCCGGCGGCGAGGGCAGCGCUGGGGGCCGCGGCAACGCCACGGGGCGCCGCGCCCGCCUCCGUAACCCCUUCUACCCGCUGACCGAGGAGUCGUACGGCGCCUACGCCGUCAUGUGCCUCUCCGUGGUGAUCUUCGGCAUCGGCAUCAUGGGCAACAUGGCAGUGAUGUGCAUCGUCUGCCACAACUACUACAUGCGGAGCAUCUCCAACUCCCUGCUGGCCAACCUGGCCUUCUGGGACUUCCUCAUCGUCUUCUUCUGCCUGCCGCUGGUCAUCUUCCAGGAGCUCACCAAGAAGUGGCUCCUAGAAGACUUCUCCUGCAAAAUCGUCCCGUACAUCGAGGUAGCCUCUCUCGGAGUCACCACAUUCACACUCUGCGCCCUCUGCAUCGACCGAUUUCGUGCCGCCACCAACGUGCAGAUGUAUUACGAGAUGAUCGAAAACUGCACCUCGACGACGGCCAAGCUGGCCGUCAUCUGGGUGGGCGCGCUGCUGCUGGCCCUGCCGGAGGUUGUGCUGCGCCAGCUGGCAAAGGAGGACCCCGAAUACAGCGGCAGCCCGCCGGGGGAGCGGUGCGUGGUGAAGAUAUCCACCGCGCUACCCGACACCAUCUACGUGUUAGCUCUCACUUAUGAUGGGGCGAGACUCUGGUGGUACUUCGGCUGCUAUUUUUGUUUGCCUACCCUUUUCACUAUUACCUGCUCCCUGGUAACAGCGAGGAAGAUCAGGAGGGCGGAAAAGGCUUGCACAAGGGGCAACAAGCGACAAAUUCAGCUGGAAAGUCAGAUGAACUGCACAGUGGUGGCUUUGACCAUUUUAUAUGGGUUUUGCAUCAUUCCUGAAAACAUUUGCAACAUUGUGACUGCCUACAUGUCCACAGGGGUCUCUCAGCAGACUAUGGACCUCCUCCAUCUCAUUAGUCAGUUCCUUUUGUUCUUUAAGUCCUGUGUUACCCCAGUUCUCCUUUUCUGCCUCUGUAAACCUUUCAGCCGGGCCUUUAUGGAGUGUUGCUGUUGCUGCUGUGAUGAAUGCAUCCAGAAGUCUUCAACAGUGACAAGUGAUGACAAUGACAAUGAGUACACCACAGAACUGGAGCUCUCCCCUUUCAGUACCAUCCGUCGCGAAAUGUCUACUUUUGCCUCCGUGGGGACUCACUGUUAAUUGACCUUAGGACUUU